GUUAAAAGGCGCAGCUGGAGAACAUUGGCAAUCUUAAAAGCGGAAGGACAAUCAAAUCUUAGCCAUGUGGCUCUACCUGGUUGCCCUCUUGGGGCUUUAUUUCCUUCACCGAUGGUACCAGGAGAGACAGACUGUGAAGAACCUGACAGAGAAAUAUGUCUUCAUCACCGGCUGUGACUCUGGCUUUGGGAACCAGCUUGCCAGGCAGCUGGAUGCCCAGGGGAUGUGGGUGCUGGCCGCCUGUCACUCCCAGAAAGGGGCAGAGAAGCUGCAGAAGGUCACCUCGGGGCGACUCAAAACCACCAUUUUGGAGGUCACCAGCACGGAGAGUGUUGCCGCAGCAACAGAGUGGGUGAAAGGAUGUGUUGGAAGCAAAGGUCUCUGGGGCUUAGUCAACAACGCUGGUAUUGGUGUUCCCAUAAGUCCCAAUGAAUGGCUGACCAAGGAGGACUUUGAAAAAGUGAUACUUGUCAACCUCUUGGGAGUGAUUGAUGUAACACUGCACCUGCUGCCCCUGUUGAGAAGAGCCAGAGGGAGGGUGGUCAACGUGGCCAGUGUGAUGGGGAGACUGGCAUCCUUGGGAGGAGGUUACUGCCCAUCCAAGUAUGGUGUGGAAGCCUUCUCUGACAGCCUUAGGCGUGAGCUCAUCCCCUUUGGAGUCCACGUCAGCAUUAUUGAGCCUGGUGCUUUUGCCACACCCAUCGCCCAAAAUGUAACUGAGAGUUUCAAGGCCGCAUGGAGCCGGGCACCUCCUGAUACCAGGGAAGCCUAUGGGCAGCUGUACUUUGAGGAAUUCUACAGAUUACUCCAGAAACUACCGACUGUAACUUCCAACAACCUCCGCCUGGUGACUGACCAAAUAGAGCAUGCCCUGACUUCCUGCCACCCUCGCACUCGUUACUCUGCAGGCUGGGACGCAAAGCUUUUCUACCUCCCUCUCUCUUACCUGCCGACCUCUCUGGCAGACUAUUUUCUUACCCGCUUUCAGCCAAGGCCAGCACAGGCAGUUUAGACCAUCUCUCGGAAACAGCACAAUUGUCAAAACAAGCCAGCAAUCUACAUGCAUGAAGACAAACCUCCUAUUACCAUUUGUCAUAUCUUAAGAAGAUGUGGACUUGCUUAUUAAGCACCUCUAAGGAAAGUUGGAUUGUUUUUUGUUGAAUCCAAUAAGUAUUUGGCUAACACAGUUUAAACAGCCGUCCUGUAUUGAGUUCUCUAAGCAAGGACUGUUGGACUCUAUAAGGCUGACUCUGAGGUAAUAAUGUAGAGGCUUACACUGACAGACACAUUUCUGCCCUGUUUAGUACUUACCUGCUGCAAGGAAAGAUUUCAGUGGCUCAAUAAUUAAAGUAGGUCCCGUCAGUUAUAUCAGACCUCAUUGGGAGGCACUCUAUGAUUUCAAA